GGAACAGUGUUCAGACCAUGACUCACUGGCCUCCCACAUCCUGAGCAUGGCCAAGCCAGAUGACAAGGUUUCUGCAGGUCCCAGCAACGGGGAAAGGCUUGUCCCAUCACAGAUGAAUGGAGCAGCCGAGACCACCUUAGGGAUCCUGGGGACCCCAGAGCCAGUCCUUCGCCUGCAGAGGACACAAGGGGUGUGGCAGAUCCCUGAGUUUGAUGCCUCGAAUGCAGAAGCCGUUCUGGAGCUGUGGCCCCCGGGGAGUUUCCUGGUCAUAGGACACAACCCCAACCAAGUUCUGGUAUUGAAAACAGGAUAUUCACCAAGGAAAAUCAACACCUACCAGAUCCAGAAGCUUCCCGGAGGUGUGACUCUGGAAUCCUCCAACCUCUGCAUGCCAGACCUGCCCCAUCUCCUGGCCUUCCUAUCAGCCAGCAGGGAUAUUUUGCCUAGAACGCUGCUCCUACCCCCUUCCAGUCUAGGGCCUGGAGACCAAACCACAGACUCUCUGCAGACUGACGGCGACCGACCCAGCAGCUCAGGAAGGGUGCUGUCCAUGGUGAACAAGCUCUACCUGGAUACCCAUGGACAGUGGGAAAUGCAGCAGAUACCCGCAGAGGCCCCCUCUCCAGAGACCACCAAGAAACCCAGUCCAGCCCCCAGGAACCCCACCCCUCACCGGGUGUCCUGGGUGGAAGGCCCUCUCAGCCCGGAAGAACACCCUCCUGGGCCAGCUCUGGCCAGCCUGGCAGAGCAGGAGGAGAAGGAGCUUGACAUCUAUAAGGAUGAAGAGAAAGGCUCCGAGGACGUGCUCACCCGCCACGUGCGGGCCCUGGUCAGGGCACGGAGCAGCUACGUGGCCAGGCAGUUCCGGGGCUUUCGGGCACGCCUGACCUCGGAGGCUGGCCCGCACAGGCCCGGGGACCCAGCCACAGAGCUGCUUCAGGAUAUGCGCCACCUCCUUACUGACCUCCAGGACCACUUAGAAAAGGACCCAGAUGCCAGGGCUGUCUUCGAGAGCAGGGGGAUUGGCGUGCCCCAAAAGGAUGAGGAUUUUGGCCCCGCGGUGGAGGCGGCCCUGUGCCGGGCGGUGUUGGCACCUCUAAAGCCUGUCCUGUGGAUGCGACUCCGCACAUUCCGCGCCCCGGAGCUGCGACGACUGCGCAGGCGACAAAUAGCUCUGAGGGCGGGGGCGGGGCCUCCUGGUGCUCAGGGGGCGGGGCCUGAAGGGCAGGGCCCCGCCUCCACCCUGCGGAACCGCAUCCACGCGCGCCUGGAGCAACUCCACGCUGCCUGCGCCCCACGCCGCAAGGUGGCGCUACUGCUGGCUGUGUGCAGAGACAUCUACGAGGGCCUGGCUCCCGGCGACCACCAAGAGCCCCUGGGGGCCGAUGCCUUCUUGCCGGCACUGACUGAGGAACUGAUCUGGAGUCCGGAUAUUGGGGAGACUCAGCUGGACGUGGAGUUUCUCAUGGAACUGUUGGACCCUGAGGAGCUCAUGGGAGAGGCUGGAUACUACCUGACCACGUGGUUUGGGGCGCUGCACCAUAUUGCCCACUACCAGGAGGACACAGACCGCGCGCCUCAGGGGCUCAGCAAUGAAGCCCGUGCCUCUCUGCGCCAGUGGCACCGCAGGCGCACGCUGCACGGACAGGGCCACGCAGAAGCCAAGGAUGACCUGCCCUUUGAGGAACCAUGGGUAGUAGAGACUGUGCCCAGAGACCAAUGAAGAUUCAGGGGUCUCAGACCCUCUGAUCCUCAAGCAAGAUCCUUGAGCACCA